CGUGAGUCGAUAUGCACUAGUGGUGCACACCGCGUUGCUCCACAUCGAUGCGCAUAAAGUUACAUUGGUUACACCUGCGUCUUAAUGAAGAACCUCCCUUUUCGACUCAAUAACAUACCUCUCCAAGUGUCGCUACAGUCAAACGUCUGAUGUGCGCAAGAGGCUCUGACUAUAGCAUUGUAUGUAUUCAACAUUUAGAUUUAUCUGAAGCGCCAUCCCAACACCAUCACCGCCAUGGCUUCUGCUACCUCCACCCCGGCCACUUCAUCCUCCACUAGCCGAGCCACGCGCUCCGUGGGCCGGCGCGGCCCCUCCGGUGACGGCCUCCCAGAAUCCGGCAUCAGUCCCACACGCAUCUCCCGCAUCCAGGAGAAGGAUAGUCUUCGUCACCUCAACGAUCGCCUCGCAAAUUACAUACAUCGUGUGCAAGAGUUGGAAAAUGAGAGGUCUUCUAUGCUGCUACUGCUCGAGGAGAAGGAGGACACUACGUCCCGGGAGAUGGGCAAUGUCCGGCGGUUGUACGACGUGGAGUUAUCCGACGUCCGGAAGUCACUGGACGAAUUGGCCAACGAGAGGGCCCGGUGGCAAAUGGAGUGUGGGAGUGUGAAGGAAGAACAUAGGAAACUACAAGUCAGGAACCAGAAGAAGGAGGCUGACCUGGUCCACGCCGUGACCCAGUGGCGGAGCGUGGAGGCGGCCCUCCGCUCCAAGGACACAGAGUUCACCAGGGUGCUGGGUGACAACAAGACGCUGACCCACGACGUCGCCGAGCUUCAAGAACAGCUGGACAAUGUGGAGGCUGUGCUCCGGGAGACCCAGACCCAGCUGAGCUCGGAGGUUCUGAGGAGGGUGGACCUGGUGAACCGCAUGCAGUCCCUCAAAGAGCAGCUCGACCUGCAGAGGAACAUCAGCGACCAGGAGAUCCUGGACGUCAGGAGCAGACAUGAAAGCCGCAUCGUCGAGGUGGAGUCGGGCCGAAGGAGGGAGUUUGAGAGCAAGCUGGCCGACACCAUGCAGCGUCUCCGCCAGGACCACGACCUCCAGGUCCAGCAGUACAAGGAGGAGCUGGAGCGCAACUUCACCACAAAGCUGGAGAAUGCCCAGCAGUCGAUGCUGGAGAAGGACGGCAUGGCGUCCUCCAACCGAGAUGAGAUGACCACCACCAAGCUCCGGGUGGAGACCCUGGGGUCUCAGCUCAGACAGUACCAGAAGGAGAAAGGCCUGCUGGAGGCCCGCGUGCAGGACCUGGAGCGGACCCUGGACUCGGAGCGAGGCUCCUGGCACCAGCGGCUGAGCCAGAAGGAGCAGGAGCUGGCGGACCUGCGCUCCCAGCUGUUCGGCCAGCUGGAGGAGUACGAGAGCCUGCUGGACGUCAAGCUGGCCCUCGACAUGGAGAUCAACGCCUACCGCAAGAUGCUGGAGGUGGAGGAGCAGAGGCUCAAGCUGUCGCCCAGUCCCUCUCAGCACGUGGCGGGGGCGGCGCAGGCCACGCGGGAGCGCUCCUCUCGCCGUGUCCGGGGCAAAAAGCGCAAACACGAGGGCACGUCGGGCAGCUCUCCGGCCUACAAGAUGUCGACGCACGCGGCGUCGCGCGGCAGCAUGAGCGUGGCGGAGGUGGACCCCGAGGGGAACUACGUGGUGCUGAAGAACGACUCCCCGGAGGAGCAGCCACUAGGGGGAUGGGUAGUCCGCAGAACUCAGCCAGACUCUGGGGACAUCUCCUUCCACAUCCCUCCUGACUACACGCUACCUGGGGGUAGCACACUCACUAUCUGGGCCACAGGGGUGGAAGCUGGCCUGGAGGACCUGAUUCUCCAGGGCCACCGGAGCUGGGGGCCAGUCACAAACACCCGAGUGAUCCUUCUCAACCCAGAACAAGAGGAGAUGGCGGAGCGCAGGCUGGUGUGCGGGCAGCGAAGAGCGGACGAGGAACGGGAGCUGGAGUAUGACGAGGAGUGUGUCGCGGGAAGCAACAUCCAGCACUUCAGGAGACAGCCAAAGAGGAAAAAAAAGAAAUGUUGCUCUGUGUCGUGAGGGCGGACCGAACGGUGCCGUGUUGGGUAGGAGCUCUCCAAGGAGGCCAGCUGUUCUCUGAUGUAAGGAUCUUCUUUGGAACCACUACUUUCCCUGACCUUGACCAGUCUCCUUUUGAGUCUAGUAUUCUGCUCCGUCCUGGAUUAAAAAUGUCAACACCAUGGCCAGGUCAAACAAGCAUGUGGGACAUGGGGCGUCUUGUUACCUGUAUUCCUUAUCCUGUCUAUGUCUAGCGUGAAUGUGUACUCCAAGGUGUCAAUAAGGCAUUUAAAAGAAAAAGCUCCUCAAGCCAAGAGAUGGAGAAGGCUGUUGCUGUUUAGACUUAUUUGAAGGUACUGUAGGCGAUGGAAUAUUUUGAGAAGUUGCAACAUUAUUUAUACUACUGCAGGUCAUAGCUGCUACAUUUACAUAAUGCUAAAGCUGUUAGCUGUGUGGAGGUAAGCUGUCUGUAGGAUGUCUUCUUACGAAUUACUAAUUUAAUUUUCCAAAAUGUUAACUUUUUUAUUUAUUUUUGUACAAUUUAAAAAGAGUCCCAUUUGCCUUCUGUCCAUACAAAGGUCAAUUGCUUCUCAAUCACUGUAUUCUGGAUUUUACAGGAAAAGACUUUGGCAAGUUAUUUUCUUCCGGCAGUGUCUUUGUUUAAUUAAAUUGUCUGUGUGCGCAUCGAAUGGUUUUUGCACCCUGGGGUAAAUUACAGGAAGCUACAUAAAAUGUAAAUAAAUUGCAUAAUAAAGUUUUCUAAACAAAGUAAA